AUGAACCGAUUCUCUGUCACUGCUCGACGAGCGUAUUCUCUUGGAGGACGUCAAGGCAUGGGAGUGAACAAGCCAAGCAUGAACAACUUUCCAGUGGGUAAUCAAACCCAAGGUGCGAAUGAACAAUGGACCAACGAAAUGAUGACCUCGGCACCAAAGUGGAAUGAAAAGCUGGCCACCGAAAGCGAAGCCAACGUCAAGGCUGACCAAGAACCUGUCAACAAUGUCCAAGACUUGAAGUCCAGGACUGAACACUGGUUCCGCGAGCAUGAGCACGACAAGAGCUUUGAAAUGGAUGUCGAGUAA